UUCCUUGAUAUGACGUUUGGAGCCGGAGGUCAUACUACAGCUCUGCUAGAGAAAGCCAACGACAUUACAAUCUAUGCACUAGACAGGGACCCCACAGCUUAUAAAAUAGCUCAGCAGCUUUCAGAAUCGUACCCGAAACAGAUUCGAGCUCUUCUAGGACAGUUCAGCCAGUCAGAAGCUUUGUUAAUCUCCUCUGGAGUUGAGCCAGGGACUCUAGAUGGAGUUCUCUUGGAUGCUGGCUGUUCUUCUAUGCAAUUUGGUACACCUGAAAGAGGUUUUUCCCUGCAGAAGGACGGACCUUUGGACAUGAGGAUGGAUAGUGACAGGUACCCUGACAUGCCCACUGCUGCUGAUGUUGUGAAUGCUUUAGAUCAACAGGCGCUUGCGUCCAUCCUGAGAACAUACGGGGAGGAGAGGCACGCCAAGAAAAUCGCUUCAGCCAUCGUUCAGGCACGCAGCAUAUACCCCAUCACCAGAACUCAGCAGCUUGCAAGCAUUGUUGCAG